AUGACUGCAGUCGAAGUUGAGGAGAUGCAGGGCGGAGGGUUGCAGACCGCCAAGGACCUGUUCGCAGGUGCUGUGGGAGGAGUUGCACAGGUCUUGAUCGGCCAGCCCUUUGACAUUGUCAAAGUCCGACUCCAGACUACCAACCAGUACUCGGGCGCUGUGCACGCUGCCGCCUCCAUUUACAGAAACGAGGGCGCCCUCGCCUUCUACAAGGGAACCCUCACGCCUCUGCUGGGCAUCGGAGCAUGCGUCUCAAUCCAGUUUGGUGCCUUCCACGCCGCUCGCCGGUGGUUCGAGGCUCGCAACGCCGCCAACCCCAGCCUCAAGGCCAACGACUUGAGUUAUGGACAGUACUUUGCCGCGGGUGCCUUUGCCGGCGUCUCCAACGCAGUGCUGUCGACGCCCAUAGAGCACAUCCGUAUCCGUCUGCAGAGCCAGCCUCACGGCGAUGCGCGUCUCUACAACGGGCCCUGGGACUGUGUCCGCAAGCUCAGCGCGCACCAGGGCGUCCUCAGAGGAAUCUACCGCGGCACCGCCGUCACCGUCUACCGCGAGGCCGCCGCCUACGGAGCAUGGUUCACCGCGUUCGAGUAUCUCAUGAACCGAGACGCUGCCCGCAACAAGGUCGACCGCAGGGAGAUCCCGGCCUGGAAGGUUGCCUUCUACGGUGGCCUGGCCGGAGAGGCGCUCUGGCUCGCGAGCUACCCCUUCGAUGUCAUCAAGAGCAAGAUGCAGACUGAUGCAUUCGGCCCCGACCAAAAGUACCCGACCAUGCGCAGCUGCUUUGCUGCCACCUGGCGAGCCGAUGGCUUCAAGGGCUUCUGGAGAGGCAUCUGGCCGACUCUGUUCCGUGCCAUGCCCGUCAGCGCUGGUACUUUUGCCGUUGUGGAAAUGACCCUGAGAGCCAUCAACUAA